UUUUUCACAACAAGGAAGGGAUCUUGGGUAGCCAUGACGGGAUGUUUGAAAUGGCUAUAAAGUGGGGCCUUGUGGUCUGACCAAUUGACCACUCAUUUGCCUCAAAUUGACCCCGACAAGGUCAAGCAUAAAAUUGAUGCCCUGUGCAUAAUAUUCUUUAUGCCCUUUGCAGACUUUCGUUUGAAUAGUUUGCAUCGAGUAAAACGGCGUGGAAUUAUAUUACACAAAACAUAAUCGUCCUGUCGAUAACCAAACGACUGUGCCGUUCUUGCAGUGCAGUGGUGCUUUAAUUUCGCCUUUUGACAACUUUUUUUUUGUACUUGUCAAUGCUAUGGCAUGAGCAUAAAGCAUUCAGUCAUCAGCUGUAAUUACAGAGUAUUAUAUCAAUAACGUAAAUUCAUGCAAAUACCGUAUCAACUUUUCUUUCAUCAUUUUAUCAUGCCUCGCUCUCCAAGAAAGUUUUUGAAAAGGCUGCGUGCCCCAAAGUCGUGGAUGCUUUCCAAACUGGGAGGAUGUUAUGCUUUGAAAGCCAGAGGAGGGCCUCAUAAAACAAGAAGUAGCCUUCCUAUAGCAGUCUAUCUACAGAAUCGCCUAAAGUUUACGCUCGGCCACGACAAUAGAGAGGCGAAAAUCAUUUUGAAGGAAAGAUUGGUCAAGAUCGACAAUCGCGUCCGAACAAGUAUGGUUUUUCCGGUUGGAUUUAUGGAUGUGAUUAGCAUCGAGAAAAUUGGGGAGCAUUUUCGAAUUCUAUAUGAUGUCAAGGGCCGCUUUACGGUACAUCGUAUUUCCGAGGAAGAAACCGGGUACAAACUGUGCAAAGUGAAAAGAAAAGAGGUCGGACCUCGAGGCAUUCCAUAUAUCACAACGCACGAUGGCCGUACUAUUCGCUAUCCUGACCCUCUGAUCAAAGUCAACGAUAGCGUGCGUAUCGAUCUAAACGACUUUCACAUCAUUGAUUACCUCAAGUUUGGUGUGGGUAAACUAUGCAUGGCUAUCGGCGGUCGCAGUGUUGGACGAGCAGGCCAUAUUAUGCAUAUUGAAGCUCACAUGGGCGGCUAUGAUAUCGUGCAUGUCAGAGACGCAUUGGACCGCCAGUUUGCCACCACCAUCAACAACAUUUUUGUUAUAGGUGACAAUGCACGACCAUGGAUUUCCCUUCCCAAGCAGCGAGGUAUCAAGUUGACUAUUGGUGAAGAAAGAGAUAGCCGUCGAGCAAUGCAAUGAUUGUCCUUCGUGAACACAAUAUUAUUAUCCGAAUAAAGCAAUUUUACAUUCAGCGAAUAAAAA